AUGUCUACUCAAGGAGGAAACACUCAAGGAGGAUGGGGUAACACCCAAGGGGGAAACACUCAAGGUGGAGGUAGUGGCAAUACCCAGGGCGGAAACACCCAAGGCGGAGGUAGCGGAAAUACCCAGGGCGGAAACACUCAAGGGGGAGGUAACAGUAACACCCAAGGGGGAAACACUCAAGGAGGAGGUAGCGGCAAUACCCAAGGUGGAAACACUCAAGGAGGAGGAAGCGGUAACACUCAGGGCGGAAACACUCAAGGUGGAGGAAGUGGUAACACUCAGGGAGGAAACACUCAAGGCGGAGGGGUAACACUCAGGGAGGAACACUGCAAGGCGGAGGUACUAAGGAAAUACCCAGGGUGUAACACUCAAGGGGGACGGGUGGGUGGAAACACUCAAGGAGGAGGAAGCGGUAACACUCAGGGCGGAAACACUCAAGGUGGAGGAAGUGGUAACACUCAGGGAGGAAACACUCAAGGCGGAGGUACUGGAAAUACCCAGGGUGCCCAGGGUGGUAACACUCAAGGGGGAGGUAAUGGUAACACCCAGGGUGGUAACACUCAAGGGGGAGGUAGCGGUAACACUCAGGGUGGAAACACUCAAGGUGGAGGAAGUGGUAACACUCAGGGGGGAAACACUCAAGGUGGAGGAGGCGGUAACACUCAAGGUGGAAACACUCAAGGUGGAGGUAGCGGCAAUACCCAAGGCGGAAACACUCAAGGCGGAGGUAGUGGUAACACCCAGGGCGGAAACACUCAAGGCGGAGUUGGAGUUCGAAAUUCUCAGGGUGGCAAUGCACAAGGUGGAAAUUCUGAUACUGCCAAAGAGGGAAUAAUCAAGGUGGAAAUCAGCAUUAGUAUCCCAAAAAUUUUUUAA